GCGGCCGGCGUGAGGAGCUCCGUGCCGCUGCUGCCGCCGGCGCUGGCGCUGCAGGCGUGGGUGCCGCCACUGGCGGGGCAGCCCGGCAGGCGUUGGAUGUUGGCCCCUCCGCCUGGUGCUGGACGUCUUGGCGGAUGCCCUUCGGGACCGUCGGCGCCCUCCGGCCGCGGUCGGGCGACGGGGGCGCGCCCCGCGCUGGCGGAGGCGCCGCCCGCUGCGCGCUGCUCUGGCGGCGCGGCCGGCGCUGCGGGGUGCGCC